UUUCAGGUAAAAUGGACUGCUACGUGGGAGCAACCACUGGCGCUCUGAAAGGAGCAAUUUUGAAGGAGAAUACCUUCCAAAAUCUCAAUGAAAUCAAGUCCCUUGACCCGAAAAGCGAUGAGAUUACCUCGAUGAUCUGGAAUGACGAGCAACAGACUGAAAUCCUGAUCGCUCGAGUAAAUCGGGAUCUGCAGCUACUUGGCAUUGAAGAAAACGAACUUGUAUCGAUAUUAACAGUUACCGGAGGCACUGGACCAAUCAAAGGCCUGCAUAAAGCAGAUGAAAAAAUCGUCACUUGCGUUGAAAGCGGCGAACUGCAAAUCUGGAAUGACAAAUCUGAAAUCUUGUCCGAGUGGAAGACCGGUCCAGGAGUUGCCGUCAUGCGGGGAUCCACCGAGAAGCCAGAAAUCGUCACGGGCGGUAUGAAGAAUCUUCUGAAAACGUGGAAUUUGGAGACCGGCCAGCAGACGUGGAGCGCUAAGAAUGUGCCGCCCGAUAUGCUCGGAUUGGAAAUUCCUAUCAUGAUUACAGAUGCAAGAUUUAUUCCAGGACAGAACACGAUUCUCGAGGCCACAAAGCUUCACGAGAUGCGCCUCUACGAUCCACGCGCUCAACGCCGACCCGUCAAGAAGAUCCCAUUUAUGGAAAAUCCGAUAAUGUGUACCUCGCUCACAUACAAAACCAAUCAAAUACUCGCCGCAAAUUCCAUCGGAGAAAUGGGACUUUUCGAUUUGCGCAGUAAAGUUCAUCCGAUGUGCAAGUUCAAGGGACAAGCCGGAUCUAUCCGGAGCAUCACAGCUCAUCCAACACUGCCGCUGGCUGCUUCCGUUGGAAUUGAUCGAUUUUUGAGAGUACACGAUUUGCAAUCGAGGAAGCUGAUUCAUAAGAUUUACUGCAAAACGCGCCUGAAUCGUGUCCUACUCCGUGAUAAUUUAUCAAUUUUGAACGACAAAAAGCCUGCAUCGAAAAAGGAGAUUAAUGAGGAUGAAACGGAAUACGGAAAUAUGACCAAAGAUGGAUAUCGAUCUGAAAAUGAGGAUGACGAAGAUGAUGAUGACGUCAUUGAGGAGGAUGACGUGUGGGGAGUGAUGGAACCGGUGAAAAGGGCGAAAAAAUCAUCCGACGACGAUGUGGAGGAAAUUCAAAUUACAUCUGAAACAAUUGCGGUGCCGUCGAAAAAUUCCCAAAAGUUGAAGAGGAAAAAUGUCCUGGAAGCGGAUGAAAUCAAGGAGGAAGAGGGAGAUUCAGAUGAGGCGGAAGUCAAAAAGACUACAAAGAAAGUGCUGAAAAAGAAGAAAAGGGUUUAGGAUAUUUUGUUGAUUUGUUUCGUUUUUUUUUCCGAUUUAUUGUUAUCCUGUUAUCUGUUUUUGUUGCUUUCUUUUCAAAAAAAGUUUCCAUUUCGUG